AUGAAGUCUAUAAUCCUAGAUACAAAUGAAAACGUACUGUCACCGCCUCUCGUGAAAAUGGGCAAUAAACUUUAUCGGAAGAAUCCUAGUAAAAGCUCAAAUGCAUCCCUGGUACCAGUCGGACACUUGGUUGAAGAUUUUGAUCCUAGUGAACAGACCGCUGAGGACGACCUCGCUAACGAUGAAACUUGUCAUUUUGUGGGAAAUAUUGGGGCUACGAGUGGUGGUUAUGUUGCCAAUCUCUACGUUCCACCUAUCUUCUAUUCUUUCAUAAUUGGCGCCAAGCAUUCCAAACUUCUGGAACUGGAAGCGGAGUUUUCCUGCAAAUUAAAUGUUCCCGGUGUUCAAUCAACUCACGAAGAGAUUAAAAUCUCAGCACAAUCGGAGAAUAAUAUUCGAAGAGUUGCACGUCGUAUCGCAUGGAUUGUCUCCGAAGCUCGACCCAAAAUGAAACCCACUCACUUUGUCUGUCUACCGGCUGUUAGCGAUACAAUUAAGAAGAAUUACCUAGCGUUGAAAAAUGAAGUUCUGGAACUCACUGAAAGCGACCAGACGGGAUUUUUUCGUGGAAUAGAACCCGAUUUAUUCGUAUCUGAACACAAACUUCAUAUCACUCUUGCAACAUUGUUCCUUGCAGACCAGAGGGAAGUUAGGCUGGCUUCUCAACUGCUCUCUACUUUCAUGGAUAAAACGGUUGAAGGAAGGGCUUUUGAUCGAUCACCUCUCCGUCUUACCAUUCGUGGAUUCGAUGUCAUGAAUGAUGAUCCAAGAUCGGUCCAAGUUCUCUAUAUGUGUCUUCACGAAAACACACAGGGCCGUCGUCUACAAGCCCUAGCCAAUGGUCUUGCCGACAUGUUUUCCAACAAUGGACUCCAUAGUGGUUAUAGACGUGUUGGAGAACCAGUCAAACUUCAUCUGACUGUGCUGAAUUCUCGCCUACGAUCCCAAAGACGAGCUCGCCUAUUAAAUGCCCCCAUCUCUCAUACCGAUUCUUUUAAGUCGGAGUCAUUUUGUGGGCUAGGUAUUCUCCAGACAUUUGUGACACGGACUCUAGUGGAGAAUAAUCUAUUUGAGAAGAUCCAGUUGUGCAAAAUGGUUGCAGACGAGGAUACUGAAGAUGAUGGCAGUAAUUUCUACCCAUGCAUUGCUGAACUUACUUGGUCAAAUACUUGA